AUGGCGGAAGAGGACCAAGUUGAUGUCUCCGAGGAAGUUAACCCACCGGCCCCAGCUCAUUCUCAACCGCCCCCGACACAUGCUCCUCCGCCUCCGACUCCUGCAGGCAUACUUCCUGUGUAUUCAGGCGCCCCUCCGACACAUCUCCCGCCCCCGACGUCUUCAGGGGCACCCUUUCCACGAGUCUCACUGACGUCAUCCGCCUCCGACGACCAAGCCCGCAUCACAGCACUUGAGGGCACUGUUAACCAAUUGGGUGCAAGCAUGACCGCCAACAUGGCAGAACUGUUCACCCUACUCAGAGGACCGAACCGCGCAUCCUCGAGCUCCACACCUCCAUCGGGACAAGGGCCAACAGUCGAUCCGACCCCUUGGAUUCUGCCAACCCAAGCUCCGGAAAACACUGAUGCUCCCGCGCCACCAACACUGCGUAAGUCCACGGUUCACCCUUUCACCAGUCCAUUUCCUCCGCCACCGGCCCCCACGGCCGUCCCUCUUCCACCGGCGGCAUUCUUGUCUUCGAAACAGGCCCUGUCCGCACCCCCACCUAUCUCUAAGCCGGCCCCAGCCACAGUCUAUACCGUACCUCCGCCGAUGGUUUUCCCGGCAUCAAGUGCACCCGCUCCGACCCAUCUCCAAGCCGCGGAGCUUCCUCCGUAUCCAUCUCUACAACCCCACGUCGGCCUUUCCUACCAAGCGCCGCCUCCUAUAAACACCACCUUCCUCGAACCUGGCACGCCAUACCACGCGGCCCAGUUUGCUUCGCCGACGCACUUUCUUCCCGAGGUCGACACCGAGUAG